AUGCUGCGGGCCUGCCGCCGCCGCCGCCAUCCCGCUGCCGCCGGCGCUGCUCCUCAGCCGCCCCUCGCUAUGCUGGCAGAGAGUCCAGCCACCCCCCGGCCGCUCCUGCGAGCGGGACCCCCCCUGGCGCUGUGCUACACCUCGGCCCUCCUGGUGCUCGCCCUCUCCGCGCUGCCCGCCGGCCGCGCCUCCCACCCGCUGCCCGGCGCCGAGUGCCAGGGCGGCGGCAAGGGGAAAGGCAUCAACUGCUCAGAGUUAAAUGUAAGGGAAUCUGACGUAAGAGUGUGUGAUGAAUCGUCAUGUAAAUACGGAGGAGUGUGCAUGGAAGAGGGCGAUGGCAUGAAAUGUGCGUGUCAGUUCCAGUGUCACACAAACUAUAUUCCCGUUUGUGGAUCAAAUGGAGACACUUACCAAAAUGAAUGUUUUCUCAGGAGAGCUGCUUGUAAGCAUCAGAAAGACAUAAAGGUGGUAUCAAGAGGACCAUGUUAUUCUGAUAAUGGCUCUGGGUCAGGAGAAGGAGAGUAUGAAGGAUCUGGGACAGAAGUUCAGAGAAAACACUCAAAAUGUGGAGUUUGCAAAUAUAGGGCUGAGUGUGAUGAAGAUGCAGAAAAUGUUGGGUGUGUGUGUAAUAUAGACUGCAGUGGAUACAGUUUUAAUCCUGUAUGUGCUUCUGAUGGAAGUUCCUAUAACAAUCCAUGCUUUGUUAGAGAAGCAUCAUGUCUAAGGCAAGAGCAGAUUGACAUCAGGCAUCUUGGACACUGCUCAGAAACAGACGACACAAACGCCAUUGGGAAGAAAGACGAUGGUAUGCAAUAUCGACCAGAGGUGAAAGAUGCCAGUGAUCAAAGAGAAGACAUUUACAUUGGAAACCACAUACCUUGUUCAGAAAGCUUCAACGGCUACUGUAUACAUGGAAAAUGUGAAUUCAUUUAUUCCACUCAGAAGGCUUCCUGCCGGUGUGAAUCAGGAUACACUGGACAGCACUGUGAAAAGACAGACUUUAGUAUUCUUUAUGUUGUCCCAAGUAGGCAAAAGCUUACGCAUGUCCUUAUUGCAGCAAUAAUUGGAGCUGUACAGAUUGCCAUUAUAGUUGCAAUUGUUAUGUGCAUAACAAGAAAAUGCCCCAAAAACAAUAGAGGACGUCGGCAGAAGCAAAACCUAGGCCAUUUUACUUCAGAUACAUCAUCCAGAAUGGUUUAA